ACACGGUAGGGGCUGUUGAUUCCGACGACGGGGACGCGUACUUAUAUAUAUAUAUAUAUACACAUCUAUCUCCCUGUAUAUAUAUAUAUAUAUAUAUAUAGACAUUUUCAUUUUAUUUUCGAGUUAUUAUUCGCGUUUAUCGGCGCCGCAACAAGUUCGUGUCUUGGCCGUCUUUGGGGCGCAGCAACAAGUCUUCAGAUUGCACAAGUCAUCGUCACCGCCAUCACCUCAGUUGACGCCGAAACGCCGCCGUAUUCUUCCUGUAUCGUAUUUGUAAUUUAUCAUAGAAACCAUCGUAAACGAGCUACAGCCGAAAAUCGCGAAUACACAAUGAGGAUUUUGACGAUCGCCUGGAUUUUGGUGGCGGUCACGUGGUGCUGCGACAGUGCCGUCAUCUACGAACCGGUGGUUCAAAACACCCGUUACUACGAGCCCAGAAUUCAGGACUUGGAGCUUCUCGACAAAAACUUUUUUGAUGUGGCUUCGAUCGAAAAGAGGAACGGUGUAAUGCAAGGCGAGUCACCGAGAAGUCGUCCUAGUUUAUCCAUCGUCAACUCUCUAGACGUGCUCCGACAAAAAUUAAUGUAUGAGGUGGCACGGCGACACGUAGAUGAGAAUCAGAAAGUGUUGUCGCAAAACCACCAGAUACUGAAGAACCUCGGAAAGCGGUCAUUGUUUCCUUUUCUCGAAGUACCACGAAGGUACAACGUAUUACGUAUAUAAUAAUAAAUCGAGUUAUUAUUAUUUUUUUUGAAACAGACUUAUUGGAGUACGCUACUAAGUUUUUCAUUGUUUAUUUAAUUCAUUUAAAUCAAAUUUUAAACAUGACUGUGGCUAAUAGAAUUUUAAAAACAUCUGUAUAAAUAUGGAUUUCUAAAUUCAAGCGUCUAUAUUAUUUUCUUUGGCUUUGAUUAGGGUUUUCUUUCAAUAGAAUAAAAAUGAUGUACGAUUUAUUUUGUACCUACGAAUUUAGGAAUUCUUGUACUUAAUAAUUACAUUUUG